UGGGCCCAUGGUGACCUCCAGGAGGUUCCUUCGUCCUGGUCCUGGCUGCUGUUGCGUUGCGCCCGUCAUUUAUUAAACGGCUGGAGCUCCUUGCCUACCCACCAAGCAUCAUCGCGCGCGGCAUUUGACGCGGACGCGCGAGAGAGGAAGCAAGCGCCGGUGGCAGCAUAAUCGCAGGAGGGGGGCGAAAGGGAUCGGAGCACGGCGAUUUGCGGCCGCAGCCUACUCACACACAGGCGAGAGAAGGAAGAGAAGCCCCCCGAUCGUCUCCAUCAGCUCGCCGGCAGUGCACUGCAGCGCGGGCCGCGCGCGUGUGGAGCCGGAUCCGGAUUGCUCGCUCGCAAGCCGGUGGCGGUGGUCGGGGCCUCGGGGGGAAGAUCCGAUCCAUGGGAGCAGCGGGGCCGGCCGGCGUGCAUUUCUUGGACGCGUGCUUCCUCUGCCGGAAGCCGCUCGCCGGGAACCGCGACAUCUUCAUGUACAGGGGCGACACGGCGUUCUGCAGCGACGAGUGCAGGAGCGCGCAGAUGGCGGCGGACGAGGCGGCGGAGAAGAGGAGGAAGGCCAGGGCGGUGACACGUGGGGCCAUGUUCGCAAGGGAAGCGGAAGGCCCACAGGAGAGCGGCAAGGUCCGGGCCGGGUCGUCCAUCCUGGCCCUGUAACCGUCGGGACUCGGGAGUCUGUCUUUUUCUGUACCAGGCUACCUGACGAGACGCGCCAGCCACCGGACAUCAUUGUUAGUUAGUCUACAAGGAAACAGUAAACAAUCGACUGAUCGACGUGGAGGCGUUCUGUAUUGCUUUAAUAAAUGCUGAUCCGUCUCUAUCUGUACGUAUGGUUAUUAUCGCGUGUAAGAAAGCUUGGAGCCGGUAUCGUAUGAUCAUUUGGUGCAACCGGACAGAGCGGGGGUCAGGUGGCUAGCUGGAUCAGACACCGCACACUGUGAUGAUCACAUGAAUACACGAGUGCUCAUUUAUUUAUA